AUGGGGCAAGAAGCUUGGUAUUCUGCAAAUGCUUUGGCCAAGCGCUUUAGAUACGAGAGUGCAAGCAAUUUGCCUAUAUAUCCACAAAGACCAGGAGAGAAGGAUUGUGUCCACUAUAUGCAAACAAGAACCUGUAAAUUUGGAGAUAGCUGCAAAUUUGACCAUGCUAUUUGGGUUCCUGAAGGUGGAAUCCUAGUUUGGAAAGAGUUGGCUUCUGGCCAGGUGUCUCUAUUCCAUCUGAGUUCUUCUCCCUUUCAAAUAUUUGGUUUUGCUUCUUUUGCGUCCCCCGAGACUUCUGAAAAAGCACAUGGGAGUAAUUCAGAGAAUAAUGGAGAUGCUAAAGUCUCCAGUCAAGCCGCCUCUGAGCAGAGUGAUGUUGCUGAUCAGACAAAAGAAUCAGGAUCUAUAUCAGAUUCUCAGUCUACUAUAUCUAAUAAUGUGAAAACAAGGAGAAGAACUAAACGAACAACAUUUUCUGAUUCAGAUUCCGAUGAGGAUUUGAGUGUAGAUGAUCUGGUGAAACUUGUGGCUGAGAAGGAAGAGCUUUUGAAGCAGAAGCAUAAAGAGAUUGAGAAAAUGCAUGAUAAAGUCCUCAGAAGCUAUGCGGAAAUGGAGAAUGUCAUGGACAGGACACGACGUGAAGCAGAGAACUCGAAAAAAUUUGCCAUUCAGGUUUGGUACGCUUGUUGA